AUGACGCCUGCGGUGGUUGCUGAAGCGAAUCUCGUCAAGCAGAGAGUCAUUGACCUAGUCCUCGCGAACCUACGCUACGAUGUCCAAUUGAAUCUAGUCGGCCCGCGCAGGGAGCUCCGCCGAUUGUAUCCUGGCGAAGAGCUUCCACGCUCCGACAAAGCGGCGGCAGCAGCGCUAUAUGCUCAUUACGCGAAAAUGAGAGCCGUCUCGGUCGCCGACAAGAUGCCCCAAGCAUUUUGGGAGGGCCCUCACGUCCUUCGCGCCAUGGCUGUCUACCUGCGCGAGCCCGUUUACGUGUGGGAUGUCGCCCCCGACGACACAGCCCACGCCCAACAGUACACGUACAAACUGUUUGACAUGAACAAUGGUGGCCGACACGAAACCGGGGUUGUUGAGAUACUCACCGAUGACCGAAUCCGAGAUAUCCUCGAGGAAAGCUUCAACCAGCGAGUCAUACCGACCAUGCUGCUACUCAAGCACACGGAAGGACACUUCUACGGCGUCCAGCACGGCCCAACGUUCCAUGCGUGGCAUGCACAA